CCGGACCUGGUGCUGCUCUCCCUGGUGCUGGGCUUCGUGGAGCACUUCCUGGCCGUCAACCGCGUGCUGCCCACCAAUGUGCCAGGCAUCAGCUUCGAGCCGCGGCCCAGCCCCGAGCCCGCCGCGCCGCCCACCUACUUCCCCGUGGCCGACCUGAGCAUCGUGGCCGCCCUCUACGCCCGCUUUACCGCCCAGAUCCGCGGCGCCGUGGACCUGUCCCUCUGCCCCCGGCCCGACGGCUUCUCCUCCCGCGAGCUCGUCAAGAAGGUCUCGGACGUCAUCUGGAACAGCCUCAGCCGCUCCUACUUCAAGGACCGCGCGCACAUCCAGUCCCUCUUCAGCUUCAUCACCGGCACGAAGCUUGACAGCUCGGGCGUGGCCUUCGCGGUGGUGGGGGCCUGCCAGGCGCUGGGGCUGCCCGACGUGCAUCUGGCGCUGUCCGAGGACCACGCCUGGGUCGUGUUUGGGCGCGACGGCGAGCAGACGGCCGAGGUCACCUGGCACGGCAAGGGCAACGAGGACCGGCGCGGCCAGACUGUCAGUGCCGGCGUCGCCGAGCGGAGCUGGCUGUACCUGAAGGGCUCGUACCUGCGCUGCGACCGGCACAUGGAGGUGGCCUUCAUGGUGUGCGCCAUCAACCCCUCCAUCGACCUGCACACCGACAGCCUGGAGCUGCUGCAGCUGCAGCAGCGGCUGCUGUGGGUGCUGUAUGACAUGGGGCACCUGGAGAGGUACCCCAUGGCACUGGGCAACUUGGCUGAUUUGGAAGAGCUGGAACCCACGCCCGGCGGGCCAGACCCCCUCACCCUCUAUCACAAGGGCAUCAGCUCUGCGCGGCAGCACUACAGCAACGACCACAUCUACCCCUACAUGUACCUGGCCGGCUACCACUGCCGCAACAAGAACGUCAAGGAGGCCUUGCAGGCCUGGGCCGACACCGCCACCGUCAUUCAGGACUACAACUACUGCCGGGAGGACGAGGAGAUCUACAAGGAGUUCUUCGACAUCGCCAACGACGUCAUCCCCAACCUGCUGAAGGAGGUGGCCAGCCUGGCCGAGCCCCCCGAGGACAGGGGGCCUGGGGAGCGCCCCGAGGGGUCGCCGGCGCAGGGCGGGGGCUCGGCCCUGCAGGAUCCCGAGUGCUUCGCCCACCUGCUGCGCUUCUACGACGGCAUCUGCAAGUGGGAGGAGGGCAGCCCCACGCCCGUGCUGCACGUGGGCUGGGCCACCUUCCUCGUGCAGUCGCUGGGCCGCUUCGAUGGGCAGGUGCGGCAGGAGGUGACGCUGGUGGCGCGGGAGGCGGAGGCGCAUGAGGAUGAGGAGCCAGGGGCCGAGGACCCCCGCGAGGGCCGGCGCCGGGGGCCGCGGCGCGAGUCCAAGCCCGAGGAG